AAUUUUCUUAUGUUUUACAUACAAUCUGUACUAUCAUUUUGCUAAUGAGAUAUCGUAUUUCUCUCCCCCGUUUUGGCAUGCGCUUGUCUCUGUUCUUGUGUGUAAAAUUGUGACGUAGGAGUUGAGUGACGUAGACAGGAUGGAAGUGUUGUCCAUGCCGUCAGCUAGCGGCCCUUCAUUGUUUCUCGGGUGGUGACGACUGGUGGAGGUGUUGGGGCAAGGGUUGCAGUGCCCAGGUGUGGGGCAGGGAUUUAAUGUUGAUGAUCCUGGAGCUGUGUGGCACAUGGUCCAGUCUCAAGAAUGUUAUGCCAAAGUACAACAUUGUGCUAGUAAUUGUGAUCUUGAAGCUGUGAAAAGUGAUCUCAACUCCAGUUUCACCUGUGUGCUGAUAGGGGAGGCACUGUAAUAUCCGUCCUCGCUUACACACAAAGACGGAGGCACACAGUUAUGGGGAGAGCCUUGUCGCCGCUAUCGCUGCUGCUGCUGCUGCUGCUGCUGCUUUUGAUAGCCCUAAGUCCUGGAGGCGCACCAGGCCCCACCCUGGCCCUGGACUGCGAUGAUGCUAACACAGUAGUAAAGGAAAGAGAAACACAAGUCAUCGUCACCAUGGACAUUGGAACGAGUGAACUAGCUUCUAUUAUUAUGUUUGUGAAGCCUGAGAGUGACUUUGAGGGCGUCCGAGUUGAUGUGCAGGAAAGUGAUGGCACUCACCACUCUGCCUGGUUCCCUGCUGAAUGUUUCCCGCGCAAUGGCAUGUGGCAGCAAUUCUUGCCGGAUACAUGGAUAACCAAGAGACGGCUUGAUUUGCGCUUUGUGUUUCAUGCCUGCGGGAAGGAGUGCAAGAUCACCACUGUCCAGCGAGGCCCCCACAGCCUCAGUGUGGUGGCUCACGGCCCUUCCAGGUGGAUAAAAGGGCGCACGCCUACGACCUGUGACGUCACCUUCGCUGGGAAAUCAUGGAACGCACAACUGCCCACCUGCCAGGACCCUCCAUCUACAAAAAAAAUCACCACGACCACCAUCACCACCACCAACACGACCUCUGGGAAGCCCUCUACUCUUAAGACACAAGGCAAGAUAAACAUCAUAGCGGCGUCAGCAGCAGGAAUGGUGGCGGUUUUGGUGGUGGUGUUGGUGCUAGUGAUCGGUCGAAAGCGGAAUUUUGUAACACCACCAAAUGAGGUAAAGUUCCAGUCCAAACCUGAGGUCCCCAACUGCCACCCGCAGUUUACCGCCAGUCAUGACAAUGAAGGCUUCUCUUCCGAUAUCCUGCCUGAUCUACCAGCACGCCCAGUGAUAGUAUCGCGGCCUGCACAGUUCCAUCCUGCCAUCCCCAAGCGCAACCUUCAGUUCACCACCGACCAGGGACGUAACCCAGACCAAGACGAGGAAGAAAUCUAUUACGAAAUCCUGCCUGACCUCACAACAAGGCGAGUGAUAGUGUCACAGCCUACACAGGACUCAGAGGAACACAUCUACGAGGAAAUAAUGCCUAAACACGACGUGCGGUUUCCCUUUCCUGUAAACGAGAAUGUGUCUCCUCCCAGUGAUGCUACCUCCCCUCACGGGCACCUAGAGGUUUUGGGAACCAGCGGAUUACACAUUUACGACACAGUGUAGUAUGCAACAUGCAAUGAAAUCUGGAAAAUACAAUCAAAAGACUGUAAGGAAAGCAAUUCUUGUUUUGUAAAGGAGGAGCUUCAUCCUUCAAGUAUUCGUCAAUAAUGUUUCGUGAUUUGCUUAGCUCGGUUUGUUUUAGCAAAAGUGAUCUUUGUUAGCUUGUUCGUUAGUUUGUCCAAGAGUGGCCCCGUGACCAGUGUGCAUUCUCUGCUGCGGCGCCGGACCAGUGUGCACUCCCUGCUGGGGCACCGGGCCAGAGAGCACUCCCUGCUAGGGCGCCAAGCAAGAGGGCACUCCUUGCUGGGUCGCCGGGCCAAAGUACACUCCCUACUGGGGCGCCAGGCCAGAGGGCACUCCUUGCAGGGGCGCCAGGCCAAAGGCCACUCCGUGCUGGGGUGCCGGGCCGGUGUGCACUCCCUGCUGGGGUGCCGGGCCAGUGUGCACUCCCUGUUGCGGCACCGGGCCAGUGCGCACUCCCUGCUGGAGCGCCGGAGCAUUGUUUACCCCCUGCUUGGGCGCCGGACCAGUAUGCACUCCCUGCUGGGGCACGGGGCCAGAGGGCACUCCCUGCUGGGGCGCCGGAUCGAAGUGUGAUGAAGACCAAAAUUCCAAGAUAGCUCGCUCAAAAGUCAAGGAAUCACGUGCAUUGCUUUAGGUUACAUCAGUUACUCUCUUCAGUAUUAUUGUAGACUUGUUUUGUGUUGCAAUUCCAACAUAAUAAACACCGAGGCUG